AUGGGGCCCAAUUGCGUUGCAAUAAAACCAAUAGAAAAUUAUCCUUACGCGAAUUUUGCUGAUGUGAACAAAAUUAGAGAGGCACCACAUGUCCAUGAUUCAAUAAAGAAUAUGCAAUUGAAAAUUGCAGGUUUGAUGAAUCAAAAGAAAAAUGAAAAUGCUUUAAAAAAGAACGUCAAUUUUAAUAUGUCUCCACAAACAAAAAAUGAUAUAGGUAAGAAAAAGUUCAGCAUCGAAAAUUCAGCUAUUGCCGAAAUCCUUAACAAUAAAUUAUUUCAAAGAAAUUCAUGCCCAAAUAUUUCAACUCCUAACAAUAAUAAGAGUAUUGAUAAAGAACCGAUUUUAGGUAAAAGUCCAAAGUCAUUUACACAACCAAAGACCUCAAAUAUAAAUAAAGUGAUAGAUGAAAAUUAUAAAAAAAAAUUAAUCGCUGCUUUACAAUCGAGGAAUAAUAAAUAUGAUGAUACAAAAAACAUAGCUUGUGAUAACACAGAAGAAAAUAAUAAUAUUGACACAAAAAAUAUAAAUAAUACCCUUAAUAACAGAAUAGAAAAUAUAUCAAUAAAUAAAUCACGUUAUUCUGAUUGCACACAUAUAUCUAGCGAUCAUGAAGAAAAUAACAUUUGUAUAAAUCAAUUUCAGGAUAAUAAAUCUUAUAAAGAUCCAAACUUGGUAAAAAAUGAAACAAAAGAUUUGUUGUAUUUCAAAAAUAAAAAUACACUUACAGAUGAUUCUACCUGUACACCGGAUGAAGAAAAUAGCAAUAAUGAAUUACUCAAAAAAAAAAAUACACAUUUUUUUUUUAAUUUUUUUAAUUUAAAAAAAAAAAAAAAUCGUAAUUUCAAAAAUGAAGAUAUCAAAAAAAGUGAUUCCAAUGAAGACAAACAUAAAUCUCCUAAGGACCCAAAUUCUUUUAUACCUCCUAAAAAGAAUAAAAGGAGUCUAAAAUAUUUUUUUUUCCAUUAA